AUCCAGCAGCAAUAACAGCAGAUAUUUCUCAGUAGUGUCGAUCAUGAAAUCGGGCAGUGUGGCGGGCAAUUUUAUUAGCUAAAUAAAUUACGCGGGAUUUUAAAAAUGUAUUCGAAGAGUGUGUGUGACACACAUAAAAUUUUGAGAGACGGGAAAAUAAACGGGAAAAACAUUGAUUGUCAGUCAAACAGUGAGCGAUAUUAAAAUACGAUCAAUUAUACAUUUAUGGGCGAGCUAAUUCUGGUGACGAAAUUUAUGGCGACGUUUUUCAUGCAUUUUUUUCUUCAAAAUAGAGUAGUAAAAACCGCAAAGAAAAAACAUCAGUAAAAAAGCGUGACAGUCAAACUGGAAAAUAUUAUACUAUCUAUUCGGUUUGGUUUGGGGUCGUUUGCGUUUCUAUAUUCAUGUAUGUGCAUUGCAAAUUAUAUGUACAGACAUAUUGACUGACUUUGGCUAUUUGCACUUUGCGGUUUGUGAAUAAUUGUGACAACGAAAAAAAAACACACCAUUGCACGCCAGACGAAUAGAAUAAUCACAUACACACACAUACGACUCAGUUGAGAGAAAAAACUUCACUGCGGACAUAUCAUUGCCAUCAUAAAUCGCUUGUUGAUCAUUUACAAGUGUGGUUUAGCGUGCGAAGAGACGUUAGUAAACGAAAGACUGCUAGACACAUCGAAUUCAGUGACUAACAAUCGGCCCGAUAAAAUUGUAGAGUAAAAACCAAGCCGGCAACAAAGGACACAGCAUGAGUAAAACAGGCCACAGUAAUAUCGCUUUUGUCAGCGACGAUGCAAAGGGAAAUGAUACGAAAACACAUUAUACCAUCGAAUUGACUGAAAAAAGUCGCCCAGUAUCGGUUGUUGCACAUUCGGAAAAAGAUGAUUAUGAUCCAUACAAAAAUCGACAAGUUGAACACCCAACAACAAACAAUGACACUUUGAUUCAUUUGCUGAAAGGUUCAUUGGGCACCGGAAUAUUAGCCAUGCCAAAUGCAUUCUAUAAUUCCGGUUAUAUCGUUGGAUUCGUGGGCACGAUGAUAAUCGGUGUCGUUUGUACAUACUGUAUUCAUAUGUUGCUUCGAUCACACUACGAACUAUGCAAACGGAAAAAGGUUCCAAGUUUAACAUAUCCAGCUAUUGUAGAAGCAAGCUUAUUAGAGGGACCAGCUUGGGGACGAGCCAUUGCACCAUAUAUUGUUGAUAUCACCAAUGCAUUUUUGCUCGUCUAUCAACUGGGUGCCUGUUGCAUUUAUGUAGUUUUUGUUGCAUCAAAUAUCAAAGAUAUUGCCGAUUAUUUCUACGAUGACGAUAUUGACGUUCGAUUAUUUAUGGUCAUCAUUCUAUUACCACUUAUUUUAAUCAAUUGGGUUCGAAAUUUGAAGUAUUUGGCACCAUUUUCUUCUGUCGCAAAUGUGAUCACAAUUUUAUCCUUUGGCAUCAUUGGCUAUUAUAUGUUUCACGAUCCGAUCUCUGUUGAAGGUAAACAUGCUGUUGGAAGUCUCAGCAAUUUUCCACUAUUUUUCGGCACCGUUCUGUUUGCGCUUGAAGCCAUUGGUGUUAUAAUGCCAUUGGAAAAUGAAAUGAAAACCCCAAAGAAAUUUGGCGGAAACUUCGGUGUAUUGAAUCGUGCAAUGAUAGCGAUUAUCUUUUUGUACGUUGGAAUGGGUUUCUUUGGAUAUCUUAAAUAUGGUGCUCACAUCAAAGGUUCAAUCACUCUCAACUUACCACAAAACGAAUUACCUGCACAGCUUGCAAAAGGAAUGUUAGCACUCGGAAUUUUCAUCACACAUGGAUUGGCCUGUUAUGUAGCGAUUGAUAUUACAUGGAAUGACUAUGUUGUGAAAAGAGUCGGAAAUAGCCCAAGAAAAUUACUAUGGGAAUAUGUUGUACGCACAUUGCUCGUGCUUGUCACAUUUUUAUUGGCUGUUGCGAUACCAAAUCUUGAAUUAUUCAUUUCGUUAUUUGGUGCAUUUUGUUUGUCUGCAUUAGGAUUGGCAUUCCCUGCGAUGAUUGAAUAUUGUACAUUCCACAAAGAGAAAUCGGGUUUAUCAAAGGCAAUAAUGGUGCUUAAGAAUUUGGUAAUCGUUGCAAUUGGAUUGGCCGGUUUGACCAUCGGAACAUAUACAAGUUUAAAAGAGAUUAUCCAUACAUUCUUCGUUGAUGGCAACGAUCACAAUUAUUGAUUUAAACGAAACAAAAGAAUGAUGUUUGCAUUUUAAUACAGACAUUUAUCUGUUACCAUCACAUCCAAUCAACAAAGCAAUAUUCGCAAGAAUAAAAAAAGAUGUUAGACAUAUGAUAGACAAUAAUUUGUAUGUGAUUGUGAUAAUAAUUCUAAUUAUUUCACUUCCUUGCCAAAAUUUUUCAAUUUUGAACAGUAUUUACUUGUAUAAGAAUAAAAUAACAUUUAUAAAGAUAAUAUAAGUCAAACAAAGAAGAAAUGAACCUCAUCGUAGAGAUGUGAAUUAAAUCGAAUUUACAAAUGUUUAAUUAAGAAAUGUAAAAGCCAAAUUUUGUGCAUUAAUCCAAAACAUACAAAUACACAAAAUCCAAUCAAUGGAAAAGGAAAAAAAACAGAAGAUCUUGAGCUUCAGUCUAAUUACAAAAUAAAGUAUAUUUGUACAAUUA